UGCAGUUAUGCACAUCUAGACAUCUACAGCGGGUUGAACAGUAACUUGAACCGUCAGCACCACAGACUAGAAUCUCGCUACAGCAGCAGCUCUGGAGGAUCAUAUGAAGAGGAAAAAAGUGAUUCAAUGCCUCUGUAUUCAAACUGGCGGUUGAAGGUGAUGGAGCACAAUCAAGGAGAGCCUCUCCCUUUUCCACCCAAUGGAGGUUGCUGGUCACCCUUAGUGGAUUAUUUGCCUGAAACAACUUCUCCGGGCAUGUCUCUGCACAGAUGCAACAUUGCAGUGAUCCUUUUGACUGACUUGAUAGUUGACCACAGUGUGAAGGUGGAAUGGGGAGGUUACUUGCAUCUUUUGCUUCAUGCCAUUUUUAUAGGUUUUGACCACUGUCACCCUGAAGUUUAUGAGCAUUGUAAACGACUGCUUUUGCAUCUGCUGAUAGUGAUGGGAUCUGGCAGUAAUGUCCAAUCUGUUGCUUCUGUCCUACUCAGAAACAGAGAGUUCAAUGAGUCCAGGAUGCUUACUGUCAAGCAAACUACACACUUAGAUUAUACUUUUACAGGUGUUCAUGAUUUUAUACCUGAUUACCAGCCCUCCCCAAUGACUGACUCAGGGCUUAGUUCAAGUUCUACCUCUUCUAGCAUCAGUUUAGGAAAUACGAGUGCUGCCAUGUCUCAUAUGCACACCACCAUCCUCAAUGAGGUUGACAUUUCAGUAGAGCAGGAUGAAAAAGUAAAAACUCUCAUAGAAUUCAUUACCUCAAGGAAAAGAGGGCCGCUUUGGAAUCAUGAAGAUGUUUCGGCAAAGAACCCUAAUAUAAAGAGUGCUGAACAGUUAACUGUAUUUUUAAAGCAUGUGGUAUCUAUAUUUAAACAGUCUAGCUCAGGAGGAUUUCAAUUGGAACACUGUCUAAGUGAAGUUGCUUUGCAAACUGCUCUUUCGUGUUCCUCUCGACACUAUGCCGGGAGAUCCUUUCAGAUCUUCAGGGCUCUGAAGCAGCCUCUUACUGCAUCUACACUUUCUGAUGUUCUCUCCAGAUUAGUAGAAACUGUUGGAGAUGCAGGAGAAGAAGCUCAGGGUUUUGUCAUAGAACUGCUUCUGACUUUAGAAUCUGCUAUUGAUACGUUGGCUGAAACCAUGAAGCAUUAUGAUCUGCUUUCUGCUCUUUCUCAAACCUCAUACCAUGAUUCUGUAAUGGGGAACAAGUAUGCAGCUAAUAGGAAAAGCACUGGACAGAUAAAUCUAAGCACAAGUCCCAUUAACAGUGGCAGUUGUUUGGGAUACUACAACAAUACCAGAAGUAAUUCUUUGAGACUGAAUUUGAUCAGUGAGAGGAGAGGUGACCGUCGACGGAGCAACACACUGGAUAUAAUGGAUGGAAGAAUAAAUCAUGGUGGAAGUUUGGCCAGGACUAGAAGCCUUUCCUCCCUGAGGGAGGGAGGGAUGUAUGAUGUGCAGCCAACUACUGAUCCUGUCAAUCUGAUGGCCACCAUAUUUUGGAUUGCAACUUCAUUGCUAGAGUCAGACUAUGAGUAUGAAUAUCUUUUGGCUCUCAAGCUGCUCAACAAACUUCUUAUUCACUUGCCUCUGGAUAAAUCAGAGAGUCGGGAAAAGAUAGAAAAGGUGCAGAAUAAACUGAAAUGGAAUAACUUCCCAGGCCUUCAGCAGCUUUUCCUAAAAGGCUUUACUUCAGCAUCCACACAAGAAAUGACAGUUCACCUCCUCAGUAAACUCAUCACAAUUUCCAGGCAUGCUUUGGUGGAUCCUUCUCAGCUAGCAGGAUUUCCCCUGAACAUCUUGUGCUUACUUCCUCAUUUGAUCCAACAUUUUGAUAAUCCAACUCAGUUCUGUAAGGAAACAGCUGACAGGAUAGCAAAGGUUUGCGCAGAGGAGAAAUCACCAACUCUUGCCAAUCUGGCUCAUAUGAUGAGUUUAUACAGUACACACAGUUAUUCCAGGGACUGUUCUAACUGGAUUAACGUUGUGUGUAGAUAUUUGCAUGACUCCUUCUCAGAUGCCACCUUUAACCUCGUGACUUAUCUUGCAGAGCUGUUGGAGAAAGGGUUAUCCAGUAUGCAGCAAUCCUUGCUACAGAUCAUUUACAGUCUUCUGAGUCAUAUUGACCUGUCCACAGCACCAGUGAAGCAGUUUAAUUUGGAAAUCAUUAAAGUUAUUGGUAAAUAUGUUCAGAGUCCAUAUUGGAAGGAAGCCCUCAAUAUCUUGAAACUGGUGGUGUCUAGAUCAGCAAGCCUUGUUGUACCUAGUGAUAUUCCAAAAUCUUAUGGAGGUGACAUAGGUUCUCCUGAAAUCUCCUUCACAAAAAUUUUUAAUAAUGUUUCCAAGGAGCUACCUGGCAAGACCUUGGAUUUUCAUUUUGAUAUAUCAGAGACACCAAUUAUUGGGAAUAAAUACGGUGAUCAACACAGUGCUGCUGGUAGAAAUGGGAAGCCAAAAGUCAUUGCUGUCACCCGGAGCACUUCUUCAACUUCAUCAGGCUCCAAUUCAAAUGCGUUAGUUCCUGUCAGCUGGAAGAGACCACAGCUAUCUCAGAGAAGAACCAGGGAGAAGCUCAUGAAUGUGCUUUCUCUGUGUGGUCCAGAAUCUGGUCUUCCCAAGAAUCCUUCAGUUGUGUUUUCCUCUAAUGAAGACUUGGAAGUUGGAGAUCAACAAACCAGUCUUAUAUCAACAACAGAAGAAGUGAUUCAAGAGGAGGAAGUGGCUGUAGAAGACAAUACCAGUGAACAACAGUUUGGAGUUUUUAAAGACUUUGACUUUUUAGAUGUUGAAUUGGAAGAUGCAGAGGGUGAAAGCAUGGACAACUUCAACUGGGGUGUUCGUAGGCGCUCUCUUGACAGUAUUGACAAAGGAGACACACCAUCUCUUCAAGAAUGUCAGUACUCUGGUAGCACACCCAGCUUGAAUCUGACCAACCAGGAAGAUACUGAUGAGUCUUCAGAAGAAGAAGCAGCACUGACUGCAAGUCAGAUACUGUCUCGCUCACAGAUGUUAAACAGUGAUUCUGCCAUAGAUGAAACAAUAUCAGAUCAUGCUGGCUUAUCACUUCAGUCUCAAGAUUCCACUAGCAGUGUGGGAACAGAAGAGGUGCUUCAAAUCAGAACUGAGACCCCAAGUUUGGAGGCGUCUCUAGAUAACUCUAGCAACCAGCUGCCUGAGGAAGGCAGUUCAGCAGUAAGGGAUGAACAGGUCAGCACUGCCAGUGAAGACACUGGGUCAUAUCUACUACAAGAACAACAAGACUGUCUGGUCUGUCAUGAACCUCUUGAGUUGGAAGAGACCCCAGAACUGGCAGAGCCUGCAGCUCCAGAGAGCUAUUGUGAAUCUGUCUGUGAAGAAGAUGUCACUCUUGCUUUGAAAGAACUGGAUGAGAGAUGUGAAGAAGAAGAAGCUGACUUCUCUGGUUUGUCUAGCCAAGAUGAAGAAGAACAGGAUGGCUUCCCAGAAGUACAAACCUCCCCACCUCCUUCACCAUUUCUUUCUGCCAUAUUGGCAGCUUUCCAGCCAGUGGCAUAUGAUGAUGAAGAGGAAGCCUGGCGUUGCCAUGUCAAUCAAAUGCUAUCUGAUACAGAUGGUUCAUGUGCUGUGUAUACAUUUCAUGUCUUCUCAAGAUUGUUUCAGACCAUUCAAAGAAAGUUUGUAGCUAUAACAAAUGAUUCAGUCAGCUUUCUUGGAGAAAGUCUACAGCGCAUUGGAAAGAAAUUUAAGAGUUCACUGGAAGUGAUGAUGUUAUGUUCAGAAUGCCCAACAGUCUUUGUGGAUGCAGAAACGCUAAUGUCUUGUGGGCUGCUGGAAACAUUGAAGUUCAGUGUUUUAGAACUCCAAGAACAUUUGGAUACUUAUAAUGUCAAAAGAGAGGCUGCAGAACAGUGGCUAGCUGACUGCAAAAGAACAUUUGGUACUGAUGAUGGCAUUCAUGGCACUAACACAGAUGCCCAGGAACUGGAGUUAUGUCGGAGGCUAUACAAGUUGCAUUUCCAGUUGCUGCUUCUGUUCCAAGCCUACUGCAAACUUAUCAGCCAAGUAAACACAAUCAAAAAAGAAGCAGAGGUCAUAAACAUGUCUGAGGAACUUGCUCUUCUGGAGAGCUGUCUGAAAGAGGCUGAGGCUGCAUCUGACAGUGGUAUCGAAGAAAUUGAAAUUGCAGAAGCUUCCCAAGCUAGCACAGAAACAGCGAUUCACUCCCUCAUUGAAGCCCUGAGAAGCAAGGAGUUUGUGUCAGCUGUAGCACAGGUCAAGGCUUUCAGAUCCAUUUGGCCCCACGACAUCUUUGGCAGUUCGGAAGAUGACCCAAUCCAAACACUGCUGCACAUAUAUUUCCGUCAUCAGACACUUGGUCAGACUGGGAGCUUUGCAGUAGUGGGCUCCAACCAGGAUAUGUCUGAGGCCAGCUCAAAGCUGAUGGAACUUAAUCUAGAAAUUCGAGAGUCUUUACGCAUGGUGCAAUCCUAUCACCUUCUAGGGAAAAUCAAACCAGGAGUCAGUCUUGUGAGCACUGGAUUCUGAACAGCUGUCAUUUAGAAGAGAACUGAUACUGAAGAUGCUUCUGACUAUUAUUGAGCACCUUUCAUUUAAAACAAAAAUAACAACAACAACAACAACAAAACCACAAAAAAGAAACUCCAGCAAUCCUGACAAAUGACCCACUUUCAUCACAGCUGGAACUUAGUUCUUCAGAAGUAAAGAAUCUGAAAAUUGAAGUUAACAUCUUACUUAACUGCUCUUUCUACACAGUAGCUGUGUGGCAGUAGUAUUUUUUUAAUUAAAUGUAUGUAUAAAACCUACAUGAAAGGAAAAGGGCUUACAUGUAAUGCAUACAUAUGCAUUAUUUUCUGUUGUAACAGAACUAUACAUGGUGUUUGCAGUAACAGCCUCUAAAUGUUGAAUCAAUACUGCAGGUGGGAUGAGGCUAAAAUCAAGGCUGGUUUAUUUUGGCUGAAGACCUGCAAUGCUCCCUGGCUUUCAGCAGCAGUAGAUAUAAUCAUCAGCUGAUACCUAAUGAGACACUUUGCAGCAUCAUGAAGAGAGUGCGGUCGAAUACGAGUAGGAUGGCUUCUGACUGCAAAAACCAUUGACUUCUCAGUGUUUUAUUUUGGUGUCCAUAACGAGGAAACGAUGUGUGUGAGUUGGUAUGUAUGGCUAUGUGACAGUUGUUUUUUGGAGGUAUGGAUGAUUGUUAAAUGAGGUCUCAGAGCAUGCUUGUAAGAGCUGCAAGAUUAUUUUUGAAGAAAUUUUAUUUUAUUAGAUCUAAUCCUCAUAGCGUGUAAAUGUUAGGACAUUUAAUAAUAUUUUAAACUGGGAUUUCCCAGUGUUUCUAAAAGAAAUAAUAUAUCUGUUAACUUUAUUGGAAUGCUGCUCAGUUCUCUGAUCAGUGCUUAUGUUACAAAUAUUGAUAACAACUAACCAAAAAGUAGCUGCCUGCAGAGACUUUAAAAUGUAUAUUAAAGAUAUAUGCUGCCCAUCAGCAAUUCUCAUUAGAAGUUAACUUAUUUUAUUCUGUAAAUAUUCUAGAAACUGUAUAGUGCAAAACCAGUAUUUUUCUUGUAAAUUUGUGCAAUGCACUGUUAAGACAUUAGGUGUAUAAAGCUGAGGGGAAGGGGAGUUCUCACUAUUGGUAGUCACGUGCAUGACUUGCAGUCUGAGUAGCCUGCAGGGUUCAAACAGAAAGUCUGAAUGCACAUAUGUGGCUCAACUUAAGCCUAAGGAAUUGGGACUAUACAGACAAAAGGAUUGCCUCCCAAACCAUGCAAACAGGCAAUAUUCUUCUAGUUCAGUGUCAAAGUCUGUAGCAUAAAACAAACUGGAUUCUGUUGAAACCAACAGCAUUUUGUAAAAAAAAUAAAAAUAAAAAUAAAAAAAUAAAAAAAAAUGAAAAAGAAGAAGAAAAAAAAGAAUGUAGUCCCACGAUUCCUGUGAUUUGAAAGGAACGCCCAGUAUUUUUAUAUACAUCUCUUACCCACUGUGAUUUUUUUUAAUGGGCUCUAAUUCUAGAGUUUAGAAUGUAGAACUGAAAUUCUUAGCUCUGCCUUUCUGGGGGAAUUUGACCCCACUAGAAAUGUAAUUAAUUGUACUGAAGCGCAUUACCUGAAGGCACUGUGCACACUGUUGGGCUGCUGACAGUAGUUACGUUAUCCUAACAAGCUCUGUAACCGGUCAAGGCACAUCCAUAAUCACUGUAUUUUUUUCCUGAUAAAAUUGAAUUAUUUUGGUGGUUUUGUGGUACCGUAGCUGGUGUUCUUAAUUAUUUAAUAAGUAUUUACAGGGGGAUAAGUAGUUACAUUUAGUGGCGCAUUACACUUUUAUUUACAUCAUCUUUUACCAGGUUUUUUUUUUGUAAAAAUAAAAGAUAUUGUAUCUGUCA